UCCUAAGUCUCUUCCCUUUUCCAUGAUCCUCAUCCAUUCCUCAUUCAUUCGUGUUUAAUCAUUCUUUCUAAGUGCUGGCACUAAAUCAUUUUUGUUCUCAUUUAAUCCUUUUCAACAAAAAUUACAUUCGACACUCUCUUUUGAACAAAUUUGAGCAUUUCAAAACACGCAAAUAUGAAGUUCCAAUCUUCCAUAGUCCUAGCGACUUUACUCGCCAUUGGCGUCAACUCCUCGCCAGUUCCAGCGAAGGUUGAAGAAUCAAACAAGACUGGAAAGAACGUUCAAGCCUUCACUGGUACCUUGGGUGGGCCAGCAGAUCCAGGUUAGUAUUUGACUUAUUACUGCCUUGUAACUCUAAACAAUUACUUGAUAUGGCAAUGCUGACUUUGAUAUCUUUCAGUCAUCCAGUCAGACGAUCCUAACAACAAGCGACCAUUCCUUACCGACAAUGAUACUUUCGUAGGUGGUGGAGUUGCUCUUGGACGAAGUUGCUCCAAGCAAAACAAUGCCUGCAACCGAGAUAAAGCCAACACUGCGGAGGCUUGCCAAAAGCAAAAAGAAGAGUGUGAUGCCCUUGCAAAGACUACCGGCGAAGCCCUUGCCGCCAACAAGAAACCAGCUGGAGGUGAGGCAGGAACGCCACCACCACAAAACCAGGUAAAUACUACUCAGCCCCAACUCAUGAAAGCCAAGGGAAUUAGUACAGAUCCAGCAGACCCAGCUGCAAAUCCAAGAAAGGAGGCUGAGGCGAGGAAGGCCAAAGUAGCUAUGCGGGAAAGGUGAAGGACUUAGAGAGAGAAAUGCUAACGGAACUAAAUCAAAGGGCAACAACAACGGUACUGUAGCUUCAGCCGCAAAGAAAGGUGAGGAGAAAAAGAACGCCGAGGAGGAUCCCGUAAAGAACGCCGAGGAGGAUCCCGUAAAGAACGCCGAGGAGGAUCCCGUAAAGAACACCGAGGAGGAUCCCGAAAAGAACACCGAGGAGGACCCCGAAAAGAACAACGAGGAGGAUCCCGAAAAGAACAACGAGGAGGAUCCCGAAAAGAACAACGAGGAGGAUCCCGAAAAGAACAACGAGAAGGAACCCGAAAACAACAACCAGGAGGAGGAGCAAAAGAAGCAGCAAGAAGAGGAGAAGAAGAGGAAAAAGGAGGCGGAAAAGAAGCAGAAAGAGGAGGAAAAGAAGAAUAAGAAGAACAACCAGAAGGACAAUGAGAAAAAGAACAACAACAAUAACAAUAACAACAACAACAACAACAACGGUACUGAGGUUGCCUCGGUGGCUAUCAAGGAGACUCCCGCCAAGAAUGGUACCGCCACAAAGCCAGCUCCAGUGAACAAGAGCGCCGCCAAUGGCACAGCACCAGCUGCUGGUGGAUUACUACCUGAUGGAAGAAUCGCCCAAAACAUCAAGGUCGAGGACUUCGAUGUUAAAGCUUCCGUAUUCAAGAGCGCUGUUGUCAAAGGAGAUGGACUCAAAUUCAGUGAAAUCAUCACCUUUCCAGAUGCUACUGUUGCUAAGCAAUCACUCGUAAGUUUUAAUCAGCAGCCAUUUGAAAGUCCAUUCUAACACAUGAAAGUUCGACGUCGCUGGUAACACCAAGGCUUUCGCUAUCAACAUCAAUGACAAAUCCAUCUUCCUUCCAAAGGGCGGCAAGCCAGAAGAGAACAACCGACGUGCUGAUCUUCUCCCAAGCAUUAUCUCAACUGAAAACGAUGUCGCUACCACGGGAGUAAAGACCAUACAUUUCUCUAUUCAAAUGGACCCUGCUAAGCCUCUCAACCUUACUCACCAAUACGCUCUCUCCUUCCUUGAGACCAAGGAUUUCACUACCCAUAUCUAUGAAGUUGUUGUUGGUGGCGCUGAUGACAAGAACAUCAGAGUCACUUCAAACAACAAGGGUGGAGCUGCCAAGGAUUUGUUCUCUGCUCCUAUUGCUAAGGGAUUCAUGAACUUUGCUCUUACCAUGGACUUUGAGAAGAAGUAAGCCUAAUCCCUGAAAUUUAUUCGAAUCAAUCAACUAACAUCUUUUUAGCACCAUCCAAGUUUUCCACAGCAUCGACAACGAGCCACUUAAGCAAGUUACCGAGCCACUUGAAAACGACAACACUGGAAAUGGAGAAUUGCAUUUCGCCAUCCUCAAGCAGUCUGUUGACCAAGCUCCUCAGCCAACUGGCAUUGAUGAGGCUGUCAUCUUUGGUGGUAUCUUCAUGGAGGAUACCGCUGGUAGGACUGCUACUUUGUCUUAAGCGAAUCCUGACUAGGGGUAUCGCCGUCUACCCAAUCUUUCUAUAAGCACGGCACUUAUAAUAACUGUGGACUUUAAUAUGGCUAUUUAUGAAUAAAUUAUUUGGAUCAACUUUAUCGGUUUUCUGUAAUUGAAUAAUCGUUAUUAUCCUUUUCAUGUGCAUUGUAAUAUUUCGCUUCACUUCAUUCUAUAUCGUGUGGCUGUGAGGGCUUUUGCCGUAGAGGUCAUAAUCCUACCACCACAACUUACCUUACUUGUAUAUUUACGGAUUCCAUCUUUGAUUGGUGGAGGGUAUUGAUACGCCAGUGUAUUUGAAGUGGUAUCAGGAGUUGAGGGUCCCACAAUGUAUGAUGGGAUAUGCGGCAUUAUUUCUUUCAUGGAGGUUCUCUGCCCAGAUGAAAGCCGAUGUAAUGGGCAUAUUACUAUGGAAACAUUGUUUACCAAAUAAUAUGCGUCUUUAGUCUUAAGCAAUACAUUUUGAUAGACGUGCUGUGGCGAAACACACCUUCAUUCAUGUCCCCCUUCAUAGCAGGGGGGUAGACCCAUGGCGACCUUAAUGAUAGUUUUAUUACCCUUGCACUGUACAAAAUUGGGGAACGGAAAAAAACGAACAAACAACCUACUCGUUUUUCCGCCAUAAUUAUUUUGAUUAGAAGGGCAGCUCGUUAUGGCUUACUUGCGUUGCUAUCUUUUGCAAGUCAUUGGCAUAAUACUCAUAAUGCGGCGCAUAAAAACGUGCAAAGGUUGCAGUGCAGUACGUAAAAUCUGCAGCCCUAAACUCGCUUGUGCCACACGCUGUGCCCCUUUGCCGAGUAAUUGUACGAGCAGUGCAGUCAGCUUUAAGAUUGUCUUAGGGAGUUGAAUUUAAGCGUCUCUUCGGGUUCUGAAAAAACUUCCUAUUUUGUUCCUCCCAAAUCAAACUUGUUGUCGCACCUUUUAAACAUUAAAUCAUGACAACGUAACUAAAAAGCUACAUAAGUACUAGUAAAAAUGUUGAUGGGUUAAUUCUGAGUCCACUAGUACUUUUUAUAUAUUUUUCUGAAUUUUGUAGAGUAAGAAACCUGUUGUUCAAAACAGUGUCUCCUUGGUACGAAUUCGGAAGUUUUUUCAGGACCCGAAGAGAGCGUGAAGCAUGGAGGUCGUAAGUUCUGACCAUCUGGUGUUCCGAUAUCCUCUGUGUACCUGUGGGUUCACUCCACAAUCUUUUUACGCCGCAUACUAUCUGCCAGCUUCAAUUUCCCGCCCGUUUCCGCCAUUUUGAAUUGGUAUGAGAAACUGGUAGUCAUGGAUAUUGAUACGCGAGCGGGUGUGUAUGGCUAUAUUACUGGUGGCCUCGUUGUAAUCAGCGGCUGUCAAGUGGGGAUGUUAAGCGAGGAUGUCUAGGUUUUCGCUAAUACAUAAUGUUCCCACCCUCAAUAAUUUUCCUGGCGACCACCUGCAACUAGUUUAACUUGUCAUUCAUUCAGUUCCGACAUUCAUUUCUUAUACGAUGACGAGGUUUCACUCUUUUACUUCUGCCAUUCUGCCACUCGUUAUUUUCUGUUUGACAGCUCCUAGCUUGGGUAAGAAUUCUUUCAUUUUCCCAUAUUCCAGCAUACCGGGACUAACCUUAAUAAACAGGAGAAUCUCUCUCAAGCCAUACAACACUUUUCACUCAGGAACCCAUAAGUGUCCCAACAGCCGUUAGUACCAGUUCGAAGCCGUUAUUUACCAGACCGCCAGUCAGUCAAGGCCAACCUGGGAGAAAUCCCGAAGCUCCGCAUGCCAUACACAAAACCAGUGGCCUAGUUCCGGUUACUGCGGAUGGGCCAGCGGUAUCUAUUGCAAGCCCAAUAGCUGUGGCAACUAGUACCCCUAAACCCACUAAACGACCUACCCUUGGUCCACCGGCCCCUUAUGAUAUAUCCGCGGAUGAUGAAUUGGUACCGACAGCUCCGGAUGGACCACCUGUAUCGAAUACGGCAAUAGUUUCAAAUCCAACACCGCCCGUGAAUGUUCCAUCUCCAAAUACCAACGCUCCACCACAAUAUCCUAAUAACAAUCCACGACCAGUCGACGGUUCCCCUUCGAAAAACCCACCAUCGAACGAACCCCAGCCUAUCAACGAUUUUGUCCCUAAUAAUUCCUCUCCCAAAGUCAAUGGACCGCCAGUAACGAUGCCAUCUUCUGAUAAUCCAGUAUCCGAAAAUGUGACGCCUGUUAUUAAUGGUCUUUCAUCUCCGAACAGCCCAUCAGAAGCCAACCCCGACGAAUCAAGCCAGCCUUCUCCAUACGCUCUACUACCAGCGACUAAAGAGAAUCCAAGUAAUGGUGACCAAGGACUGCCAUCAGUUAUCCACUCGCCAGGUAACGCAGCUGGAGCCAGUAACCCGGUCAAUGACAACACCGGUCCAUCACCAGACAACGUCCAACCUGGUCAAGAUAAACCCUCAAUUCCGAUUGCAGUGGCUGCAUACGACUCUAGUAUAGUCUCGGCUAUUCCAGGGGAGAAGAAUGGACCACCAGCUUUUAUACUUCCCGGAGGACCAACUCUUCAAUCAGGGCAAAUAUUCACGGCGCCUCCAACCGUUCCUGGAGGGAACUCGAUCAUCAUUUCACUUGCACCGGUACCUACAAAUACUGCUCAAAUUGGAGUAUCUGUUCAUAAUCUGGUUAUCAGCACCCUGGGCGCUCCGUCCGCAACCACGAUAACACCCCCAAAUUUCCUCAAUCCACAAAACCCGGCUGCAAAUCCCGCUAUCAAUUCCUUUCCGGUUGCGAAGACGAUAGUCUAUGAUUCCCAAACUCUGGUGAUGGGAGGACCUGUCGCUACACUUGCAGACAAAAACGCCGUUGCAAGUUAUGGGCCUCAGGGAGUGGUGAUUCAAUAUCCGGGUGGCAGUUUAUCUUCGAUUCCUCUUGGCGCAAGUCAAGCGAAAACCACCAGCGGAGUUGUUUUUGGAAAUAAGAAUAGCGCUGUGGUAGGGACUUUGAUGACCAGUAUUGUUAGCGAUGGAUCUAUGUCUAAUAGUACGGUGUCACAAAGUGCGACCAGGACUUCAAUUGUUGCACAAGUGACUGAAAACCCUUCCAGUACUCCAAGCGAGGGGAAAAUUCCCGCAGCAGCAAGUGGGAAAGCACCGUCCAAAAAUGGAUGUGGGAGGACUAUUGUGGGUGGGUUUUCGGGGUCGAAAUGGGGCUUGGUUCCUGUUCUUGUUUUUGCUUCGUUCUUAUAA